AUGGAUCACGGCGGACACGACAUGGGCCCAAGGUGCUCUAUGUACAUGCUCUGGAACACCCAAAUCAUUAAUACCUGCAUCGUCUUCUCUCAAUGGCACAUCCACUCGCACGUCCAGUUUUUCUUCUCCUUCCUCGCUAUCGCUGGCCUGGGCGUGCUGUACGAGUACCUCCGCGUGUUCUCGAGGGACUUUGACAAGCACAUUGCGGUGAAAUUGAGCGGGCGUAGGACGCCGUUGACUGCGAGUGCGAGGAGUUCGCCUGAACGUAGUGAUGCUGAGGAGACGGCAUUGUUGAAUGGCGUGAGGGUGGUGAGAAAGCAAGGGUGUCUCACAUGUCUUUAUAGAAGCGCCGUACCACCUCUGUACCGUGUCAUGCGUGCUGCGCUCUAUGGAGCCAGCGUGGGCUUAUCUUUCUUCCUGAUGCUUGUGUUCAUGACAUACAACGCAUACUUAAUCGCUGCGGUCAUCCUUGGCGCCGCAGCAGGACAUUACGUGUUCGGUGCAACUAUGGAGCCCACUGGCGCCGCUGGAAAAGGGAUGGCGUGUCACUGA